CAACAACAAAGAUGGCGGCCGGACCGAUUGCAGAACGCAAUCAAGAUGCCACCAUCUACGUUGGAGGUCUGGACGAGAAGGUCUCCGAGGCUCUUUUGUGGGAACUCUUUGUCCAAAGUGGACCCGUUGUCAACGUGCACAUGCCGAAGGACCGCGUCUCCCAAAUGCACCAGGGCUAUGGCUUUGUCGAGUUCAUGGGUGAGGACGACGCCGACUACGCAAUCAAAAUCAUGAACAUGAUUAAAUUGUAUGGAAAACCCAUCAGAGUCAACAAGGCUUCGGCGCAUCAGAAGAACCUGGACGUAGGCGCCAACAUCUUCAUCGGCAACCUUGAUCCCGAGGUGGACGAGAAGUUGCUGUACGACACGUUCUCUGCCUUCGGGGUGAUUCUGCAGACGCCGAAGAUCAUGCGCGACCCUGAGAGUGGAAACUCGAAGGGCUUCGCCUUCAUCAACUUUGCCAGUUUUGAGGCGUCAGACGCGUCCAUCGAGGCGAUGAACGGACAGUACCUGUGCAACCGGCCCAUCUCGGUGUCGUACGCCUUCAAGAAGGACUCCAAGGGCGAGCGACACGGCUCGGCGGCCGAGCGCCUCCUGGCCGCCCAGAACCCUCUCUCGCAGGCCGACCGACCCCAUCAGCUGUUCGCGGACGCGCCGCCUCCUUCGGUGCCGCCCAUCCCAAUCGUGCCGCCUCCACCCCCGAUGACACAUGCCGGGAUCACCAUGGUUCCGCCGCCCCCGCCAGCACCUCCAGCAAACCUGCCGCCUCCACCCCCUGUGCCGCCUCCAAGCGGCAUGCCCAUGGGCAUGGGCCUUGCGCAGCCUCCGCUGCCCCCGAUGCCCCCUCCACCUCAGAGCAGGCCUCCGAUGCCACCAAACAUGCCACCCAUGCCCCCGAACAUGGCCCCUAUGCCUCCAGGUCCGCCCAGGAUGAUGCCUCCGUGGCAGGCGCAAGGCAUGGGCGGCCCGCCGCCGCCUCCUGGGGGCUGGAGACCGCCCCCACCCUUCGCCAGGCCACCUUUCCCGCCUCACGGGCCUCCGCCUCCGCCGCCCCCUCCUACUCGGAUGAUGCGGCCGCCUCCGCCGCCAGAAGAACAGGGUGGUGGUUGGUAAAUCAAUCUGCAUUUCUUUUUAUUUUUUGCGUGUAAAUGACGAGAUUCUGAAUAAAUGGUAUGAUGUAAAUUUGCAGUAA